CUGGUUAUCAAAUGAUUGAACAAUCGGGAGUAAUUUACUUAUGAUACUUAGUAGACAUUCAUAAAAAGCAUCUAAUUAAUUAUGAGUUCAAUCCAUCCUGUUUAGCAAAAAGACGGAUAUUCCUUGCUCAUUAUCAAACAAUCACUUAUUCACAAACUUCAUAUGGGGAAAAUAGUUUUCAUCUCCCAUCUCAUGGAAAACCCUUUUCGCCAUUAGCCUUAUCCCCCUCUAGGGGUAUUUUAGUGAUAGGUUCUAUAGGAACUCGACGAUCCUAUUUGGUCAAAUACCUAGCGACAAACUCCUAUGUUCCUUUCAUUACGGUAUUUCUGAACAAGUUCCUGGAUAACAAGCCAAAAGGUUUUCUUCUUGAUAAGAUCGAUAUUGAUGAUAGUGACGAUAUUGAUGAUAGUGAAAAUCUUGAUGCUAGUGACGAUAUUGACCGUGACCUUGAUACAGAGCUGGAACUGCUAACUAGGAUGAAUGGGCUAACUAUGGAUAUGAUGUCGGAAAUAGACCGAUUUAACAUCACCCUUCAAUUCAAAUUAGCAAAAGCAAUGUCUCCUUGAAUAAUAUGGAUUCCAAACAUUCAUGAUCUGGAUUUGAAUGAGUCGAGUGACUUAGACCUCGGUCUAUUAGUGAACCAUCUCUCCAGAGAUAGUGAAAGAUGUUCUACUAGAAAUAUUCGUAUUAUUGCUUCCACUUAUAUUCCCCAAAAAGUGGAUCCCGCUCUAAUAGCUCCGAAAAAAUUAAAUACGUGCAUUAAGAUACGAAGGCUUCUUCUUCCACAACAACGAAAGCACUUUUUCACUCUUUCAUAGACUAGGGGAUUUCAUUUGGAAAAAAUAUUCUAUACUAACGGAUUCGGGUCCAUAACCAUGGGUUCCAAUGCACGAGAUCUUGUAGCACUUACCAAUAAGGUCCUACCGAUUAGUAUUACACAGAAGAAAUAAAUUGUAGACACUAAUACAAUUAAAUCCGCUCUUCAUAGACAAACUUGGGAUUUGCGAUCCCAGGUAAGAUCAGUUCAGGAUCAUGGGAUCCUUUCCUAUCAGAUAGGACGGGCUGUAGCACGGUUGUGA